AUGCCUUUUGGACUAAAGAAUGUUGGUGCAACUUACAUGAGGGCAAUGACCACAAUGUUUUAUGACAUAAUGCAUAAAGAGAUAGAAGUUUAUAUGGACGAUGUGAUCAUUAAAUCAAGAGAGCAGUCUGACCAUGUUAAAAAUCUGAGAAAAUUCUUUGAAAAGCUUCAAAGUAGCUUCAUUGCCCAACUCUCGACGACUUAUGAGCUCAUAUUAAAGUUGUUGACGAAGAAUGCUAAAGUUGAAUGGACUGAAGAAUGUCAAGAGGCAUUUGACAGAAUUAAGAGGUACUUGUCGAAUUCGCCUAUUUUGGUUCCUCUAGAGCCAGGUAGACCCUUGAUAUUGUAUAUGUCUGUGUUAGACAAUUCUUUUGGCUAUGUGUUGGGUCAACAUGAUGUCACAGGCAAAAAAGAACAGUAUAUUUUUGAGAAGCCUAUGCCCACAGGCAGACAUGCGAAAUGGCAGAUGCUACUCACAAAGUUUGAUAUUGUUUAUGUAACACGAACUAUAAUAAAAGGUCAAGCCUUAGCGGAUCAUUUGGCUGAAAAUCUAAUCGAUGAGGAAUAUGAGCCGCUAAAGACUUACUUUCCAAAUGAAGAGGCCUUAUAUGCUGAUGAUGUUAUUUCUGAUGAUUUCCACUCAGGUUGGAAGUUGUUCUUUGAUGGAGCCGUUAAUGUAAAAGGAGCAGGGAUAGGGGCAGUUCUUAUUUCUGAGUCAAGACAAUACUAUCCUGUAACAACUCAACUUUGA